AUGUCAACUCCAGAGAGAAAAAAAAGAAAAAGAUAGUAGUCAUAGGUCUUCUUAAAAAAGGAAAUCCAAAAAAAAAGUUAUUUUAAUCCUUAUAUAGAAAUCCUCAAGAACAUCUAGUAGGAAUAGAGAUCGAAAAACCUAUAAACGUGAUAGCAAAGCUUCAACAUUAAAUAUUUAUAUCUUUGGAUAGGAAAUAAUCAAAAAAUUACAGGAAUAUAACAAUGGGAAAAGAACUGAAGAUUUAAUGGGUAUUGAUUGAUUUUGAUAAGCCAUGUCAUUACUUCCAUACAUGAAGCCUUCCUAAAUUAAUAGUGAAGCCAAUAUAAUUGAACAAAAAUAAUAGAAAGAUAAAAAAAGCAUGUAAAAAUAAAGAUUGCUGAUUCCGAUAAAUUAUGAUACACUUAUGAUCAUUAUAGACGAACCUUUUUAUAAAGAACACUUGUCUGAAGAAAUGAUUAAUUUUAUGAAAAUAAGUUGA